AUGGCACUCCCGCAUGAGAUAACCGUCCAUCUCAUCUUUGGGGAAAAUCUCAGCGAACAGGAAAGAUUUGAGUUGGUCGAGGGAAGUGAGAUCGAGGAGAGAAGAAGGAUGAAACCAAUCCUGCUGAUGAUCUUCGCCGUCGUCGUAUUUGCGGCAAUCGCGCGAGUGGACGCCGGCUUCGGCUGCUGCCCCGUCUGCGGCGAUUACGAGUGCAGCAACCACUGCCAGAGCGUCGGACGUGCAGGAGGCUACUGCGGCGGAUGGCACAGAUUCACCUGCAUCUGCUACAGGACAAAGAAAUGA